AUGGGUUGGCGAAACAACAACGCUGCCACCGUGCUGACAACAGAGAAAAUCGCCGCCAUCAUCAUUGUCACAAUUCUCAACAUCUUCAUGCUCAUUGGAAACACUGUGUCCAUAGUAACGAUCGUCAAGACGCCGAGUCUACGAAACCAGACGUACUACUGGUUUGUGCUCAAUCUGGCUAUUGUUGACCUCGUCAACUCGAUGACGGUCGUUCCGAUCCACACGGUCUGGGAGGCGCACGGACCGUGGCCAUUUGGUCAGGUCUUCUGUAACUUUGUCAUAUUCCUUGAUAUGGCAUUCAGCGCUCUGGCCAGCUACUCCACCGUUCUCGUGUCUCUCGACAAGUUCGUCUGCAUCACAAAACCAUUUCUUUAUCACCACAACAAUGCCUCAAUGGCGGCCAUCAUUUCUGUCAUAGCGGUGUGGGUUGUUUGGCUGACAUUUUCUGCCAUUUCCGUGUUCGCUGGAAUCGCACGAGAUCCUUUCCUCGACAGAAACCUUACGUACAGAAUGGAUCCAUGUAACUUUGUGAUGACCGACAGCUAUGCCAUUUCCAGUGCCAUUGUUUCGUUUUUCAUUCCUCUGAUCAUCAUUGUGUUCACAAGUAUUAAAAUAGUGUGCGUGGUGAAAAGACACAUUUGUCGAAUUGCCGCAAACAAACUUUCUCCCAUUCUCGAUGAUAUUUCUUCAGGUAAUGAUAGAACACCUCAGAAAGGUACGGAAGGGAGUCAGCUGAGUAUAAUUUUCACAAGAAAACUCCAACAAACAACAAACGCUUCUCAAACUUGCGACAUUUCACAGUCAGUGACAACCGAAAGCACCAGUUCAAAAAGAUUAUCAAAAGGUUUCCAUCCGCACAGAAGAACAUUUCCACUGUGUCGUGCAUUUGGAACUGUUAUGAUAGUGACUGUGUUUUUUAUCCUGAUGUUUGCCCCUUACUGGUUUGCGGCAAUCAUUGAUGUGGGCUGUAACUGUAUCCCAACCUACAUCUUUGAGGAUUAUUUAAUGGUGUUCUACUACAUGCACUCGUUAGUGAACCCCUAUAUCUACAUGGCUACAGACAGACGGUACAAAAAGGCCAUUGGAAGUUGUCCAGGUAGUCUCCCUCAGCUGCUGAAAGUUUAUGCAGUCUUGGAUGACAUGUUCGGUCAUCUGUUCUGCUUCUCCACAGGAGCACAUGGAAGAAGGUACCAGCCGUAA